CCUAGCCACCCGGAGUGGAGCGGUGGGGUUGGGCGAUAAACAGGCUGUGGCUAGGGAGGAGGGGUAGGGGCAUUCGUUCCGUUGGGACUUUUCACGCCCCCUUAUUUUUUUAGGUGUGGUUAGGUUCAGACGCGGGGCCCUGGCAGAGGCUUGAGCCUACUCUCGUGAAAGGGGAAAGAAGCUCCCGAGGAGAGCGGCCGAAGUUGCGGAGAGGGUGCGAGACAGGAGUUCUCCCCUAUGCCAGCCAAAUGGUGCGGCCCUGAGCUGUUUCACGACCCGGCCCGACGUGUCUGAGAGAGGCCCCGGAGCGGGCAGGGAGGCGGCCCGCAGAACGCGGGUUCUGUGAAGAGACGGAGAAAAUUCGAUUCGGAGAAGAGGAAGAGCCCGAUUGAAAGAGAGCGAGGCCGCUGAGGGGGAGGGGGCUGCCAAGAUGGCGUCGGCCUCCUCUGGGCCGUCGGCGGCCGGGGUUUCAUCCUUGGAUCCCGCGGUCCCUUCCGGCGCCUCGUCCUCAGGUUUCAACUUUCUGUGCUGUGGGGUCAACCGUAAGAGAGCAUCAGGAAUCAAGAGAUCCAUGGUAUCUGAGGUGCCUUAUGCCUCUGGCAUGCCCAUCAAGAAAAUAGGCCACCGAGGUGUUGAUUCCUCAGGAGAGACGACAUAUAAAAAGACAACCUCAUCUGCCUUGAAAGGUGCCAUCCAGUUAGGCAUUACUCACACUGUGGGAAGCCUGAGUACCAAACCAGAGCGUGAUGUCCUCAUGCAAGACUUCUAUGUGGUGGAAAGUAUCUUCUUCCCCAGUGAAGGGAGCAACUUGACCCCUGCUCAUCACUACAAUGACUUUCGGUUCAAGACCUAUGCACCUGUUGCCUUCCGUUACUUUCGGGAGUUAUUUGGUAUCCGGCCUGAUGAUUACUUGUACUCCCUCUGCAGUGAGCCACUGAUUGAACUCUGCAACUCUGGGGCUAGCGGUUCCCUCUUCUACGUGUCCAGCGACGAUGAAUUCAUCAUUAAAACGGUCCAGCACAAAGAGGCAGAGUUUCUGCAGAAGCUGCUUCCAGGAUACUACAUGAACCUCAACCAGAAUCCUCGAACUUUGCUGCCUAAAUUCUAUGGACUGUACUGUGUGCAAGCAGGUGGUAAGAACAUUCGAAUUGUGGUGAUGAACAACCUCUUACCACGGUCAGUCAAGAUGCACAUCAAAUAUGACCUCAAGGGCUCUACCUACAAACGGCGGGCUUCCCAAAAAGAGCGAGAGAAGCCUCUCCCCACCUUUAAAGACCUGGACUUCUUACAAGACAUUCCAGAUGGUCUUUUUUUGGAUGCUGACAUGUAUAAUGCUCUAUGUAAGACCCUACAGCGUGACUGUUUGGUGCUGCAGAGCUUCAAGAUAAUGGACUAUAGCCUCUUGAUGUCGAUCCAUAACAUAGAUCAUGCACAACGAGAGCCUUUAGGCAGUGAAGCACAAUCCUCAGCUGACACUCGCAGACCAGCCCCCCAAAAGGCUCUCUAUUCCACGGCUAUGGAAUCUAUCCAGGGCGAGGCUCGGCGAGGUGGCACCAUGGAGACUGAUGACCAUAUGGGUGGCAUCCCUGCCCGCAAUAGUAAAGGGGAAAGGCUGCUGCUUUAUAUUGGGAUCAUUGACAUUCUCCAAUCUUACAGGUUUGUUAAGAAGUUGGAGCACUCUUGGAAAGCCCUGGUACACGAUGGGGACACUGUAUCGGUGCAUCGCCCAGGCUUCUAUGCUGAACGGUUCCAGCGCUUCAUGUGCAACACAGUGUUCAAGAAGAUACCCCUGAAGCCCUCUCCUUCCAAAAAGUUUCGGUCAGGCUCAUCUUUCUCUCGGCGAGCAGGCCCCAGCGGCAACUCCUGCAUUACUUACCAGACAUCGGUCUCUGGGGAGCACAAGGCACAAGUGACAACCAAGGCGGAAGUGGAGCCAGGCGUCCACUUCGGUCGUCCUGAUGUUUUACCUCAGACUCCACCUUUGGAGAAAAUCAGUGAGGUCUCGACUAUUCCUGACCCCUAUUUCUCACCUGUAGUUGGAGAGACUUUGCAAAUGCAAACUACAAGUUCAACCCUCUUGGAAAAGCCUGAAGUUGCAGAGUCAGAGUUCACCCAUUGAGCAAAAAAACUCGGAAGACCUGGAACAAGAUUCUACCAGCUUGGUGAUCCCAAGAAGCCAGCCCUUGCCCCAGCAAUGCUGAGUUUUCUUCUUCGUGGUCAUCACAAAAGGAGUAUAAUGGAGGCGAGGGGAGCUCUCAGUCUCCUUUCUGAAGAAGAACCUCUUCUCCUUCCCCUUCCUGACGAAUGGGCAUUGGUGCCUUGGACAGUUGAGGACAGCAGCAUCUUCUCCACUUCUGAGUUAGGGGGCACGACUUUUCAAAUGGCCAGCCUUGGCUUCCACAACGGAAUUGUUUUCAAGCCCCCAUUCUUCCUGCUGGAAGUGGGGUUGCUGGACUUGGUGGUUUUCUUCCUCUUCACCUACCUUUCACCGGGAGCUGGACUCUUAACUUCCUCAGGACAGACUGGCUGGCACAUUAUCUCCACCUUCGUGCUUUCUCUGGAAGAAGACCCUUGUAAUCUUUGUAAAGGUUUUGGGGAGUCAGGGUGUUAAGCCAACUCCCACCUUCCUUUUUUUUCCUUAAAAAAAGGAAAAGAAAAACUAGCACACAGCACACAGUUUGAAGCCAGACAGUGUCAGAUCAAAACUGCGUAAGUGUCGGGAGAGAUGUCUGUUUGUGGGGUUCCCUCAGAAGAGCCCCCUGGUGUUUGAGAAAUGGAACUAUGGAACUGCUUUGCCAGGAGCAGCUCCUCUUUAACUCCUCUCUUGAUGAAUUUCUUAAGGCUGAAGGAGAGAGCGGGACAUGGGGUAAUCUUUACCCCUUUUGUUGAAAGAGUAGAGCAGUCAUGGGACCAGAAGAUCAGAGCCCUUGCUAGGCGGGAUCCUGCUUACUGCCAGGUCAUCACAAUUAUUACUGUUUUGCAAUUGGAAAUGUAUUCUGCUUGUUUUUCUAAAUAUGAAGACUUAAUCAAAUGAAUUUGGAUCCUUCUCAAAGGGAGGUUUCUUCCUUGCUCUUCCCACUUUUUCCGACAGCGUUGGAAGAAGGAGCUGAGGUGCAGAGGGGACACCUGUGUCCAUUUAACAGGCAAUCUGUAUCUAUGAGGCUAGAGAAUAUUCGCUUAGACUCACGGGGAGCCAGCAGAUUCUUGCCUAGGUGAAAUCAUUGCUGUGCCACAUGCCCUGCUCCCUCUCAUGCAGAGAACUCAGAAAUGGGAGCUGUGUAAUCCGUCUGUCCCCCGUCUCCCAAGAGUUGCAGUCCCCCACUUGAUCCUCCUUCUGUCUGGGGACUAAGGAGGCAUCUCAGGCAGAUUGUUGAAUACUGUCCCGUCUCCAUCCCGCCCGACCUUGAUAGUAGGUUAGCCCGUCCCCCAAGUAACUGUCUAUAUUAGACACCCCCAGCCAGUUUCUGGCUGCCUGUCUUUGCUGCCAUGUUCUUUUUUACAAGAAGGAAAGAAACAAGUCUUGCUAUUUUUUUUUCAUAAUUUACUAUUUAUGAUGUAUUUAAGUGUUUUAUUCAGGACAGAGUUCUGUAGGGAGUGGGAGGGAAUAUUUGAGGGAGGCUGGGUCUUAGGGAAGGGAAUGGGGGGGAAUCAACAUUUUUAUGAAGUGUCACUAUUUGCCUCCACUUUGUAUUGUUCAGCAAUGGCAAAUGCAAUAUAAAAGUGAUAAAUAUCUGGUUUUAAUGUAUUAAACUUUCAUCAGUUAUUUAGA